CUUUUUGAUCAAACUAAUUCAUUGGGCAAGCUCCCAACGAAUCUUUUUGACCAAAAUAGAAAUAAUAUUCUAUCACUGUGCAUUAGUCAGAAUAUAUUCCUUUUGGCUAUAAGUACUUGCAGCAAGCCAGUCAGCUUUCUUCAAGAAACUUGCGCCCUUGAAAACCAUAUCUCUUGGUGAAUAUCACGACCAAGCACACUAUACACAGUUCAAUCCAUUGAGCAGUGAAGAUGAGCGUAGAAAUAUUGGAUGGUGCCACCAUAGUCAAUUUCCUGGAGGAUGAAGAAGCAUUCAAUCUCAUAGUGCAAGACAGGUUCGCUCACCUUGACGCAGACAAUGAUGGUCUUCUCUCCUACACUGAGAUGCUGAAGGAGUUGCAGAGUCUAAGGGUCUUUGAGACUCACUUUGGCAUCGAUGUGCAGCCUGACCCAGAUGAGCUUGCUCAGGUUUACGAUUCCUUGUUCUUGCAAUUCGAUCACAACUUGAACGGGACAGUUGAUCUGGAAGAAUUCAAGGAGGAGACCAGGCAGAUGUUGCUGGCUAUGGCAGAUGGAAUGGGAUUCUUGCCUAUUCAGAUGGUUUUGGAGGAAGAUAGCAUCCUCAAGAAAGCUGUUCAAAGAGAAUCAAACACGGUUGCGGCUUAAGGACAUCUUAAAAACUCUUGUGUAGCACUGUUCGUUUUUAACUCCUGUCCAAAUCAUGCCACUUCCUAUGAUUUGAUCACUCCAAAGCAAUUACUUUGAGACGGCUGCUUUAUUUUCCUCUCGAUCGGGGUUUC